AUGAUUUCAUUCAAUCAGGGAAAGGCCACACAAAACUCAUCAAAAGGAUUGUGGCAUCCGAAUAUUGAUACGAGAGGAAAGAAAGGAACAUAUGCUGUUAUUACGAAAGGAGAGUUUGAAGGCAUAGUGAGUCAAAUCAAACAAGAAAGAGAUUCAGAAGAAGAAAAGAUGGAGAAGAAGCGACAACUCAAGGAGUUAUCCGAUAAAAGAGUUCAAAAUUGGGGUAACACGAUCGAUGCUGUAAGAAUAAAACAAGAGCAAGAAAGGGAGGAACGGCUCCGAAUGAAGGAAGAAGAAAACCAACGCUUGGAAAGAGAAGAAGCAUUGUAUCAAGCCGAGAUCAAAAGAAAGCAAAUUGAAAAAUUGAACAAGAUGAGAAUGAUGGAAGAUGAUAGAGUGAAGGAACAGCUCCUCAAAACCGCUCAAGAAAAGCAGGCACAGGCACAAGAAGCAAAAGAAAAAGCUAAAGAGCUCAAACUCGAGCAAGAACGGCAAUUAGAAGAAAUUAGGCAAAUGCAUUUGAAGAGAAUUGAGGAGCUUGAAAAAGAAAAAGAGCAGAUGAGGCAGCAUUUAUUGGCUCUGUCACAAGAGGAAGAAGAAAAGAAGCGAAAAAAGAAAGAAAAACAGUUAGAAAGAACAGAACAGUUCAAGAAGGAGAGAGAACUUCAAGAAGAACGAAAGAAGAAGCUCGCGGAAUUGGAAAAAGAGGAACAAAGAAAGAUAAUGGAAUUCUCGAAAGAAAAGGAAGAAAAAAGAGAAGAACAAAGGAGAAGAGAAGAGGAGCGAACGAGAGAAAAAGUUAAAUCUCGACAGAAGCUUAUCGACAAGCAAGCAAGAAUGCUAGAAGAGAUGAAGGCGAACGAAAAAGAACGAUACAUCAAACAAGAACAAGAAAUGGAAGAGAAAAAGAAGGAGGAAGAAGAACGACAAGAACAAAAACGAAAAGCUUUUAUGGAGACAGUUGACAAUAGUAGAAAGCAACAAAUACAAUUCAAAAAGAUGGAAAAAGAAAAAGAGAAGGAAAUUGACAAAAUUUACGCACAACAAGCGAGAGAGCGAUUUAAGCAAAUGGCCAUUGAAGACUUCAUUGAAAAGAAGCAACAACAAGAAUCAAGCAAACAAGUCCAAGAAUAUCAACUUGCUCAAGCUUACGAGAAAGAACAAAAGCGAAUUGAGGAGCUCAAGAACGUCAAAAAAGAAGCCAUUUUGCUGGAAAAAGCAAGGAAAAAAGAAGAAAAGAUGCUCUCGAAAUUUAUUCGAGAAAAUAUUCUUACAACAGAGCAUGAUGAAGGGUUGAUCGAUACUAGACCUGCCAUUGAUUACGCUCGAAAGAAUAAAAUUGUGCUGUAA